AUGCCGAAUGAACUAGUACAGAUAUUCAAAUAUUGGUACGCCAACCAGUUGGACAUGGUACGAUGGUCGGGUGUCUAUUCGAGGCCAUACAGGAUGGAGUGCGGGGUGAGGCAAGGGGGGUUGACCUCGCCCAAGCUGUUCAAACUAUAUGUGAGUACUCAUGUCGGCUGCCAUAUUGAUGAAAUAUAUCUCAACAGUAUCAGUUAUGCUGAUGACAUAAUGCUGCUGAGUGCGUCGGCCUGUGGGCUGUCUAAGCUGCUUGGCAUAUGUGAAAGGUAUGCUCUAAGUCAUGGUCUGGUGUAUAAUGCAAAUAAGAGUGAGUGUAUGGUGUUUCGGGCCAAGAGUAGGUGUCUGGAUAACAUUCCAGCCGUCAAACUGAAUGGUACGCCACUACGCAGAGUAGACAAGUUUAAAUACCUAGGAUACUUUAUAGCCUCUGACCUGAGGGACGGUGCAGACAUUGAGUGGGAGCAGAGAGCGCUGUCUCUAAGAGCUAAUAUUAAUAUGAUUGCCCGCAGUCAAAAGCAGUACAGCGCCUUACGCGUCCAAUACAACAAUGCGUUCAGGGUGUUGUUGGGGCUGCCUCGGUUCUGCAGCGCGUCCGGAAUAUUCGCCGAGGCACGAGUCGAUUGUUUCUUUACGACCAUGCGGAAAAGGUGCACAUCCCUGAUUCGUCGGGUCCAGGUCAGCCCUAACAGCAUCCUGAAGACCGUUAUGAAUGUUGGUACUUGA